AUGUCUUGGUUGGGAAUAGGUGAAAAUUCUGCAGGUACAGUAUUUGGAGUUUUCGAAUUGCCAAAUAAAAAUUUAGAUGGUAAACGAAUAUUUGGCAAUUUACCGUGCAAUGUUCGCAUAUUUUCGAUAUUUGCUGUCAGAUUUCAGUUCGUGCCUAGUGGAGUAUUAUUUUCUCGAACUUCAGAAGGUGUUCGAGCAUGUGGA